GUGAGCCCGCCGCAGCUUGCAGUGUGGAACUCUGCAGGCAAGGCCCGAGUUGCAAGGGACCCCAUGUCGCCUCUUGGCAAGCUCGUGGGAGGCAAGCUGCGGCCCUCAGCGAGGCGACCCAUACGUAACCAACAGCAAGGCAGCCGCAUCCAAAAACUCCAACCUUCCUCCAUCGCAAAUACCCGCCGCGUAACCUGCCGACGCACUUACACGUGCUGCUUAUUAAAUACCUACGCUCAGAUCAUUGUUGCGUCGCUCGGAUAUUAUCGAUUCCGUCAUCGACAGACAACUGCUUGACCCAAGACGCUCGCCCCGCAACCCUCCAACCCUCCAACCACCUACCUAACCUCGAGAGCAACUCCACGAAUCGCAUCCCUCGUUUACCUCCCUUCAACAGCAACAUUUCUAGUUCCCCAUUUAUUCCCUCAAAAUGAUGGGGUGGUGGUCGUCUGGGGCCAACAAUGCCCUAGAUGAGCAGAUCGACAAGGCUACGAGCAGCAGCCUUGAAGAUAUCGCUCUCAACCUCGAGAUCUCCGACAUCAUCAGAUCGAAGACGGUACAACCGAAAGAAGCCAUGCGCUCGCUUAAAAAGCGUAUCAACAACAGGAAUCCCAAUACCCAGCUCAGUGCGCUGAACCUCACCGAUACCUGCGUUAAAAAUGGCGGUGCCCACUUCCUCACCGAGAUAGCCUCUAGAGAGUUUAUGGAGUGCCUGGUAUCGCUUCUCAAGGCGGUCGGCCCUGGUACCGUGAACGCCGAAGUGCGCGCCAAGAUUCUCGAGCUCAUCCAGUCCUGGGCCACGGCUGCGGAAGGCCGCUACGAACUCGGUUAUAUCGGAGAGGUGUACAAGACCCUGCAGCGAGAGGGUCACCAGUUCCCACCUCGGGUCACUGUUGCUAGCAGCAUGAUCGACAGUAACGCGCCCCCUGAAUGGGUCGACUCCGACGUCUGUAUGCGGUGUCGAACCGCCUUCACAUUCACCAAUAGAAAGCACCACUGCCGCAACUGUGGCAACUGUUUCGACCAGCAAUGCUCGACUAAAUCUCUUCCCCUCCCUCAUCUCGGCAUUCUCCAGGCGGUCCGGGUAGACGAUGGAUGCUAUGCCAAGCUUACCGAUAGGUCUUCCAAGGCCGGCGGGUUCCCUCCCGAACGCCCAUCCUCUUUCUCCGCCAAGCCCAAAGGGCAUUCAAUGCAGCCGCGGAAUGCUCGGGUGGACGAUGGUUUUGACGAGGACUUGAAGAAGGCUCUGGCGAUGAGUCUUGAAGAAGUCAAGAGCCAUUCCAGGGGCUAUGUCUCCUCCCCUACACCCAAUGGGGUGGCCUCGAACCAGCCAAAGCCAAAUGGACACGCCGCGCCCAAGGCGGCCGAAGAGGAGGACGAGGAUUUGAAGGCCGCCAUUGCGGCAUCCCUAGCAGAUAUGGAGGAGCAGAAGAAGCAGCAUGCCGCCGCACUAAAGCAGCAGGCCUCAGGCGUGGCAAGCUCGUCAUCAGCCGCCCCGUCCGCGCUUCCCAAGAACGAUUAUGAACUCACUCCGCUCGAGGCGGAGAACAUCAACCUCUUUUCAACUCUUGUUGACCGCCUGCAAACACAGCCGCCCGGGACAAUUUUGCGCGAACCGCAGAUCCAGGAGCUUUAUGACAGCAUCGGCACGUUGCGACCCAAGCUUGCACGGACUUAUGGAGAAACCAUGAGCAAGCACGACACACUCCUUGAUUUACAUGCGAAACUGUCAACGGUUGUCCGUUACUACGACCGCAUGCUUGAAGAGCGCCUGUCCAAGGCUUAUAGUCAGCACAGCAUAGGGGGAUACAACCUACCGCCACCGAGGCAGGCUCCUGGACCGUAUCCAUCAUUGCAACCCAAUGCGCCCCCUGCCGCGGGGCCAGCAGAGAACUUCUACACGGGCGAGCAACAGCAGGAUUACAACCAGCCGACGGCGCACCAGCCUUAUCCGCAGCCGACGCCGGCGCAAUACGGGGCCUACGACAAGCGUGGUUCUGUUUCCGGGCCAUCAAGCAACCAGUACCCCCAGCAACAGAUGCCCCAGCACACCGGAAACUGGGGUCCUGCGGCGCCUGCCCAGCAAUACGGUCAGCAGCCCAACUACCCGCCAAACGAGCCUCCUCAAGCCGCCCAAUUGCAACAAACGCCGACUCCGGCGCACCUCUCCGCGCCCGCGCCAAACGACUCUGUCGGCACCACCCCUACGGCUGACCCCAGCGCGUCAUUCUACUUCAAUUCGCAGCAACAACAGCAGCCGCAGCCGCAGCAGGUGCCCAGCUCCCCGCCCGACCCGACCAUGUCGCCAUAUCCUAACCUGGCUCAACCAUUGCACUCAUACCAGCCGUCCCUGCCCCAGACACCGGCAUCCAUUCCGGCCCAGCCUUCUCAGCCGCAGCAACCGCAACAACCGCAGCAAUCGCAGCAACCACAGCAACAGCAUCAAGCGCAUCAAGCGCCCCCGCAACCCCAGCAGCCGUACUGGCAGCAUUCGGCCGCUCAGCAGACGCAGCUUCCGCCGGUGUGGCAACCUCCUCCGAGCGCUGCGUACGCAGGUUAUACUCAAGAGGCUUUCCCCUCCGCGCCACACCAUGCUCCAAAGCAGCCCGUGAUGGAGGAGAGCUUGAUUGAUCUAUAGGCAGCGGCAGUUUCAAGUAUGGCGGUGGGGAGGAUGCGAGGGAUAGGCAAUGUAGGAUGUUCAGUUUGGGAAGGCGUUCAAGCAAACCGGGCAAAGUGUGCCCGGUUUCUAAGGAUGAGACGGCAUCUGUAUGUAAACGGAGUUAUGGGGG